AUGCCGACCUUUGGUCGCAUUGGACGGCACCAUAACCGCUCGCAGCAAGCACUUGUUGAUCCGGGCGGAGAGGUUGCUGGCCCAGCAGCUUCACAUUCUACACCUGCGCCGCCUUCUGGUUCUGCUGCCGCCGGUCCUGGUGCUCCUUCCUCCUCCUCUUCGUCUCACCCUUACCCUCACUCCUCCCUCGCUCCUGCCUCUGGCCCUCCUGGUCCUGCGCCCGCGCCGGUCUCGAGUGCACUCACAGCCAACGCCGCCGGCGCUAGUAAUCAGAUUACCCCCCAUUCAGCCUCGUCGACCGCCUUCAGCUCCAGCGAAUCCUUUGACAUCCACCAAAACCAGCUGGCCCAUCAACACCAGCUCCAACAACCACAACUUCAACACCUCCAGCAACAACAGCCAAACAUUCCGCAGCAAGGGCAGCAGGGGCCACCUCCACAGCCCCACGAGUAUCCUCCUACCUCAACCACCACCGCUGCUUCUGCCUCACGCAACUCCCUCCUGUUGCAACACCACAACCCGCCCAUUGCCGACUUACGCCAAAGAAGUCAGCAGGAUUUCUCCGAUUCAGUCUCCCGCUCACAGUCACAGCGCUACCCGCCUGGUGUGGCCCCUUACCCCAACAGCAACCAAUUCAACGCUGCUGCAUCUAGCUCCGUCGACAGUCUGAGAGCAUCCGCCAACAACACCUCUCCUGCUCCCCUCAAUAAUCAAGCGACAUCGCCGCUUCCGCAACCCGCCCCGGAGAAGCGAUCUGCACGAAGGCUGCUCAAGAACAUCUUGGGCGGAUCGGGCCGCGAUCACCACAACACCCCGCCUCCCCAACCUACCCCGCCAAGUUCCUACGACAACACGGCUGGUCUUGCUCGCCGACCGUCCAAGAGAGUGAGCAACCUACCACCCGCAAGAACUGCCUUGUCCCAGCAGUCUUCCCAGUUGUCGUUGGACCGACAAUCCGUCGACUGGCCGCUUCCGGGACCUCAUCAACAAUCUUCCCCCCUGCAGGGCGUUGGCGAGAUCGAGGAUCACCACUUGGCACAAGACCCUAACAGAGAUUCCCGUCUACAGAACCCAGAAUCCAACCGCAACUCGAUUCGCUACGCGCCGACCGAUUUCGAAAACACACCCUACGAAGAGACCGUUUACGGAGACCAGCAAACGCAGCAGGUGCCCGCUUUGCAAGAGCAGCACCAACUCGGUCAGCAGGCUGCUUACGAUCCGUCGCAGCAGCAGCAACACCAGCAAUAUUCCCAACAGCAAAGCGGCCAAUAUCAAGCCAGGCCGCCUGCGAUCUACACCAGCCAUUUAGGUGCCGGCUCGCAUCAGAAUCCUGAGACUGUUUCCCAGUUGUCGCAUGAAUCGCCUGUCACUGAUUCAGACGCUCGCUCGGCAAACGUCCAAUCCACCCAAACCUCCCCGCAGUGA